AUGCCAAGCCGCGAUCCUUCUCCUUUAACGGGAUCAAGUGGUUCACCAUCGUUGGAUCCGGCAACGUCUGACGCAACUCCAACUAUCAGCCAAAUCGGAGCCACCAUGGCUGUCGUACCGAAGACUAAUGUUCUCGCUAAAGGCUUGAGCGAGGAAGUCGAAUCAUCUCCAACAGAAAUUGAUAGUCUACUGUCGAAUCCCACGGGUUGGACGGAGGACAGAAAUUCCCUCACGGAAUUCACGAUAUUCAUGGAUCUAGCACCAGAGUUGAGACUCAAGAUUUGGGAACAUGCUAUGGAUGAGGUCGACGAACGAGUUGUUGAGAUAUUAUGGAGCGAGAAGCAUCAUCGUUUCUUCACGAACUGCCCUGUCCCUACCGUUCUCCAGGCUUGCCGGGAAUCCCGAACAACUUUAAAGUACGACCGAAUCGUGGUUCCAUAUGGAAAAUCCUCUUCCCACCUUGGCUCGGAGGGUCUGAACCAAGCCGAGAAGCUUGCUUUUACUACUUGGGUCGACCUUUCGCGCGAUAUCCUGUACUUCUGUCUCACUGGGCACCGGGGUAGAGACUCAUAUAACGACGUCAGCUCCGCCUUCCUCAAGACGUUGAUGCAUCAUUACAGAGAAGAUUGGACUAAGAGAAAAGUGGGAUUACAACGUAUAGCUUUUGAAGCCUUCACCUUGGACACCCUCAGCAUUUCCGACGGACUGACCGAUUACGAUUACCUCAAGGAGAUCAACGUGGUCAACUUCAGCAUCGCACCUUCAGUUCCACUUUCCACCUUGAGCGCUGAUCCUACUGGUUGGACACCAAAGACUAUUGCUCCAACCACUCUUCAUGACUUUGCCAAGCUUCCCAUAGAGCUUAGAUUGGAGAUCUUUAAGCACGCUCUGGUUGAUGCCGAAUCUCGGAUCGUUGAGGUUCUCUUCAAUGCACCUAUCCUGCACUUCCACACCACUUGCGUCGCACCAGCUCUGCUCCACGCUAGUUCCGAGUCUCGUAGAGAAGCCAAGAAACACUACGAUCAACUUGUUCUUCAGGAUGGUCGUCCUGGCCUGUCGGACCCGAAAUUCUCAUACACCUGGAUCGAUUACUCGCAAGAUAUCCUCUACUUCUGCCCAACAGGGCUCAUAACGUCACGAUAUGGAAGCCGCCACAUCAAAAGCUUUCUGAAGAGCUUGUCAAGCGCAUCAAACGGCCACAAAUUGUUGCGUGUAGCAUUCGAAGCUACGAGCAUCAACAGCAGUGUGGUUGCAGAGAUUCUGACCAGCUUUCCACUACUGAAGGACAUCAAAUUAGUCUAUUCCGAUGUUUGUGUCUACUCCCGGCAUGCAACUAAGGAAUACAAGAAGAUCCAACGCAAACCUAUCAUUGGGUGUUCCAACAUACCCGACGAUACAAAGUUCGUCAGAUGGAAUGGGUACAAGAAAUCAUCGGUCGAUGGCAACAGAUGGAAUGAUUUUCAAGUCAAGAAAGGCUUUUUUUUAAAAACGACCUUCGUCAAGUCAAACCUGCGACUGGAGGAAUUCCAGGAGUGGUUAUCAGCGCCGUCGACAUCAAUAGGAUGGAAGGAGGGAAAGGAUUUGAAGAGAUCUCGAGGGGUGUGA